AUGAAAACCACCCAUCCAACACGCCACAAGGGCUCUCCUGACCCUAUCACGGUCUACCUCACUUUCAUCCGCAGGACGGAUAUUGGACCGGCCUUGUUCACCGUCACGGACGUAAAGCUGGGUUCACGCACGUCGACACUGCAUAUCGGCCUCAGCCAGAUAGACCCAGACGGUAAUCGCCGCGAAGAGGUAGCGGGAUACAUCACCAUAUCACAUAUAGCGAGUGAGGAAGGGCCAACUAUGCAGACGGCCUUUGCGCUGACUCCUGCGCCACCAGCAGUUGACUUCAACCAGCUAGCCAGGACGGGCGAGAGCGGAGAGUGGAAACGGUUCGAAGUAGCCUUUGCAUCGAUGAGGAAGGCGAGCAGACAAGUCGAAUUCUACGCUCCUUCUGUGCCGGGGAUGAUGAAGCGCGGGUUCAUCGAGCAGUGGGCUCGGUUUGCGCCAUAUGGGAAGGUAGAGAGAUGGACGGAUGAGACGCUUGGGUUUUUAGCCGAUAUGUUCCCUAUGAUGCUUGAGUCGUUUGACGAGAAGCCAUGGGAGAAGAAGGCGAGAGAGAAGAAGGAAAAAGAGGAAGAGAAGGACGGCAAGAUUAGCCCGAAGGGGAAGUUUUGGUAUCCUACCAUUCUGCUGAACUUGGAUAUUAAGAAGAAGUUGCCGGCCGAAGGGGUGGAGUGGAUGUAUUCUCGAGUGCAGACGAAGAGGCUGCAAAAUGGUAGGAUGGAUUUAGAUGUUAUCAUCAUGGAUGAGAAGGGAGAGCUGGUUGCGUUGAGUAACCAUGUUGCAUUAGUGAUUGGAGCAGAGAGGAACCUGAGUGCCAGAAAGGGCAACGGGAAAGCCGCUGGAGGCGAGAGCAAGAUAUGA